AUGGCAGGGACAACUCACAUGAAGCACCAGCACUCUGUUGCUAAGCCAGAGGUUGAUGGUAGCGAGAUGCACCUGGUUCGCAGACGGAUAUCCAAAGCGUGUAACUACUGUCGACAGAGAAAAAUAAAGUGCGACGGUUCCUCGCCAUGUACAAACUGCCACAGCCACCAAAUCGACUGUGUCUAUACAAAGACAAUUACCAAGAAGAAGAGAGCACAGCCUGCUAAGAAGCUUACGCUUCACGACCUGGAGAAAAGGGUUAACAAGAUGCAAUGUCAAAUGGACACGAUGAACUCUACGUUGAGUGCUAUCUUGAAAGUGCUGAACGAUCGUAAACUAUCCGAUAUGAAUGCAGCGCAUGCUGUACCACAUGAGCAGUUACAACAACAUCAGCAGCAACAACUUCAUCAUCAACAAUAUGCUUCAUCCUCACAACCCAUGGGCUUUGAAAUGGAAGAUUUCUCCACGAGUGGGGAAGAUGAAGAGGUAAUAUACUCUCCUUUGUCAGACCAAACCAGCAGCUUAAACUGUGAAGAUCAAGUGCUUUCACCAGCAGGGGAACCUUUCCACAAUACCACUAACGCUGGUUUUACCACAUUUGCACAAUCAGGUUUACAACACGUCCCAUCAAACCCAUUUGGGACAAACCAAUACAGUGGCGCAUUUGAACCAUUGGAUAUGUCCAUUGUUGCUAAAAUGGGUUUGAAUUUCGACAAUCUUGCACAGAAACAAGAUGAACAACUCAAUAUGCUUAUCUGA